UUCCUUUUGAAUCAUUCGUACACAGUUGUUCAAGUGGUAAACACAUUUAACACCUUUGCCUCCCUAAAAUCCAGGCUUCCGUUUUGGUUUCCGUUCAAAAUUCCAAUUAAAUUCAGUUAGGAUGGGGGUGUUGCAGACCGUCCACCGAUCGCUGUUGAUGCAGCACAACCUGGGAUCGCUGACCAUCAAGCGGACGUACGACACGGUGAAGAAGAUGAGCCUGCGUCGCAGGCGAUUGGAGCAUCUGAAGGAGCUCAAAAGGCUGGACGAGAUGUGCUACAAGGCGGCCAGUCGCAACGACAAGAAGUGCCAUCCGCCGGUGAUGCCGUUGCCCAAGCUAGAGUGCUUGGACGACCCAUGCGCGGAGUCGGAGAUGCCAUUGGAUCUGGAGCACUAUACGCCGAGCGACAAGGCCACGCGCAAGUAUCAGCGCACCUGGUGCGAGUGCUACAUGAUUCCGAAGGCGGCGGUCAAGGCAAGGAAGUGCUAUCCGAAUAGACCGCGGCGUCAGUUUCCCGAGUGUCCGCGGGUUUCCGAUGUCGAGUGCCGCUGGGAUCCCAUGCCCUGUGACGACGAGAAGAAAAGGCCCGAGAUACUAAUAGAAGUGCCGCGAAUCGGCAAGUGGCCCUGCUGCAAGAUCCCCUCGCCAGGAUGCCGCGAUGGCCGCAUACCGCCCUCCUGCGACGCUGGACGAAUCCCCACCUGCUGCAAGAAGCGGCGCACCAAGUAUCCCAGCUUCUCGGAGUGCAAGAAGGAACUGCUCGACCGUAUCCCACCAUGCGAGUGCGAGAAGAAAAUCAACAUGUGCGACGUGUAUGCAUAUUUUCGCCAUAAGACACACUAACUUCGCCUCAUGGAAGACCGAGGAAAUCAAGGCGGUAUAAGAGCACCACCUGGAUGAGGAAGAAGCCCCAAAUAUGCAAUGAAAGUAUGCGUAAAGUGGCUCGCAUGUAUUACCGUUCAUAGUUUGUACAUGGGUUCAUUUCUGAAAACUUGACCCUCUAGCAUUUGCCGCCUUUUACCUAUCCGGAUUUCCCAUUGGAUGCCAUUUUAAAAGGUGACAAAUUCGAAAACUUCUAUUGCAAAUAUAGCUUUGAUGUGUAUGACUGAACAAUGUUGCUACCGCCAUUAAAUUGAUUUCACCAAUUACCAA